CCCGGGAACGUGUGGCGCCCGUCCGGCGCCUGCCCCACUUUAUCCGCGGCGCGCCGAGAGCCCUCCCGCCGGCCUCAGAGGCUGAGACACCCAGCUGCUGCGCCCCGUGCUAUUAGCCUUAGCCGCCGACGUGCCCCCACGCCUAACGCCUCGGCACCGCGCCGCGACGUCACCCGGCCCUAGUGACGACACCGACCAGUUCACUGCGCGCCGCCGUGCGACACCAUGGCCCCGACCGCCCCAGCUGCCACGGGAGCGGCGAGCCCCGCCGCGCCGACCGUCGCCAAGGGCGAGGCCAAGGCCGCCGCGCGCUCCGUCGGGCUCCGGCUGCCCGCGCUGCCGCCGCUGCCCGGCCUCGGCCUCGCGGCGCAGGGACAGACCCGCGCCGUCUCCGUCUGCAAGCUGCUGGCGAGGAACGUGGUGGCCAUGGCCGCGGGGGAGCCAGCGGCGCCGAAUGCUGCCAACGAGGAGUUCACCGAGUUCGUCAACGCCCUGAAACAGGAGUGGGACAGGAUCGAGGACAAGUACGCGGUGACCACGCUCGCCGUCGCGGCCACGCUCGGCAUGUGGAGCGCCGGUGGAGUAGUAUCGGCGAUUGACAGGCUCCCCGUGGUUCCAGGCCUGAUGGAGGCUGUUGGAAUUGGAUACAGUGGGUGGUUCGCGUACCGGAACCUGCUAUUCAAGUCUGACAGGGAUGCUUUCUUUGCAAAGGUCAGGGAGGUCUACGAGGAUAUAAUCAGCGGCUAAUAGGCGGAGCACUAAUGCAAGCUCAACAAAACUAAGUUCACUCUACGAGGACCUAUUAGUCUGCUGCUGUUCAGUUUGUUGUCCCUGUAUAUUUUCAGUAGAGCAUCUAAUUUGAUCCUUACUCAAUGUAUGGAUAAAUACUUUGGAUAUUACUCGUACAUAACAUUUAAUCGUUUUAGUCAUUUGUUUCUU